GGUUACGGCUAGACUGGACCUGAUCGUCAUUUGUCAGUGAGCGUGAGCGUUUAUGAAACGGUUGUGCCUGUACUUUGUUUUGAAACUUAUCUUCUCUUUAUUUUUCAAAAAAAUACCAGUGCUGUCUUAUCUUUGAAUUAUGGCUGAUGAUCCGGAUUUCUCCUUUUGCCUUGAGGAUUCAACUAAUGAAUUAUUGAAGCACGAAAAAAUGAGUGCCAAGAAUACUGCAGUGCUUUUGAAAAACCAUGAGAUUGCAUAUCAGCUUGUUACGGAUUUUGUAAAUGUUUCUAAGAAUGAAAAACACCUGGGGGAGUCAUUGACACAUAUACGAAAGUUGGAGCGGGAAAAAGAUUUACUGGAAACUAAAAUACGAAGAGGUGAAGAAAUAACUGCAGAACUUCGGGAAGAAAGCAGCAAUCUUCGCUCUCAACUAUUGGACAAGCAAAAUGAGGUGCCGUUGCUUGCACAGGAUGGGGAAAUGUUGAAGGAGAAGUUACGAGAAUUGCUAAUAGAUGAAAAUGUUGUGAAAACUGAAAAGGAACAGCAGCAUAAUUCUGUCAUACUAACUAAAGAUCAGUACAAGAAGUUUGUCGGGUGUCAUAUUCGUCUCCUAGAAAGGGAUGAUCACGGUCAUACCUAUAUUUUCAAAUUUGAGAACUCACCACCAGGAAGCACAGAGACUUUACCUCCAAAAUCUGCAAAGGUGUAUCAAUCUUUGAAGAAGGAAUGGAAAUUACUAGAAACAAACCCUAUUCUGCCAAACUUCGAGCUUCUAUCGAAAACACUUAGUGAAACGCAGGACAUUCAAGGCCUUCUGCGGCUAUUAAACACCACUUUAAAACAGCAAGCUAAGCAGCACUCCAAAGGAAGAGAAAUUUAAUGCUUUCCAUCAAGUAUGACGUGUAUGUAUUGUAUCUACUAGUAAUUUUGAAGCCUGUAUAAUAAUC